AUGGAUCAAAAUUAUAAUGGUAAUGAUAAUGGUCCUAUAACUAAAAGAAGUUCACCUCCAUUACCAACCCCAAGGUCAUCACCGUAUACUCAACAAUUACCAACAAGAUCAAAAAUAAGGCAACAAAAAUUAAAAUAUACAUUUGUAGGAUAUAUAAUAGUAUUGAUUUUCUUAUCAAUAACUCAAUUUAUUGGUGUUGGUUUUUUCAAACUGGGUUUUUUAUUAUCAAGAAAUGUAUUACCUGGUAUUUCAACUUGUCAUAAUAUAGAAAACGGUGAAAUUAAUGGUGAUUUGACAAGUUCUUGUCUAUCGCCAAGAUUCAAAAAGACAAUUCUUCUAGUCAUAGAUGCGUUAAGAUUUGAUUUUGUUAUUCCAGUGUCGGAUUCACAGGAAUAUUAUCAUAAUAAUUUUCCUAUUUUAUAUGAUUUAUCACAAACAAAUAAUGGUGUACUAUUGAAAUUUAUUGCUGAUCCACCAACUACUACAUUACAAAGAUUAAAAGGUUUGACAACUGGUUCAUUGCCUACUUUUAUUGACGCAGGGUCAAAUUUUGAUGGUGAUGCAAUUGAUGAAGAUAAUUGGCUAUUACAGUUACAUAAAAUAAAUAAAACUAUAGCAUUUAUGGGUGAUGAUACAUGGCAAGCAUUAUUUAGUGAUUAUAUAAAUCCAAAUUUAAAUUUUCCUUAUGAUUCAUUGAAUGUUUGGGAUUUAGAUACUGUUGAUAAUGGAGUUAUAGAACAUUUAUUCCCAUUAAUUGAAAAGGAUCAAUGUUCUAAAUGGGAUUUAUUAAUUGGUCAUUUCUUAGGUGUUGAUCAUGUAGGACAUAGGUAUGGCCCAAGACAUUAUACAAUGAAGCAAAAAUUAAAUCAAAUGAAUGAUGUAAUUACAAAAGUUGUUGAAAAUUUAGAAGAAGAUACAUUAUUAGUUUUAAUUGGAGAUCAUGGAAUGGAUUCAACCGGUAACCAUGGUGGUGAUUCACCUGAUGAAUUAGAAUCUACAUUAUUUAUGUAUUCUAAAAAUCAUAAAUUUUUGAAAAAAGAUGAUUCAUUUUAUGAUAUUUCAAAUUUAGGUGCUGAUUAUAGAGAAGUAAAUCAGAUAGAUUUAGUAUCUACCAUGUCAAUAUUACUAGGAUUACCUAUUCCAUUUAAUAAUUUAGGAUUUCCAAUUGAUGAAGCAUUUGGUAGUACCAAAGAAUUAAUAUCAGCUACAAAGUUAACAAUUAAUCAAAUUAAAAAAUUUAGAGAUUUAACUCCAAAUUUAUCAAAUUCAUUAUUAGAUGAUUAUAAAAGUUUACUUAAACAUGAAAAUGAUAUGUUUGUUGAAAAGUCAAAACAAUAUCAAUAUAAAAGUUUAGAAGAAUGUAAAUCACUAUGGGCAAGAUUUGACUUGAGAUUUAUUGGAAUUGGAAUUGGUAUAUUAUUUCUUUCAUUAACUUUUAUGAUCACUUAUGCUAGAUCAAUACCAGCAGUUAGAGUACUGACUAUGUCAUUUGAAUUUAUUGGAUCAGUUAUAGCCAUGACUAUAAUGGGAAUAGUCCUUAGUUUUUCAGUUUGUAUUGUUUUAAAACCUGCUGAUUUUAGUUUAAAAACUUGUAUUUCAAUUGGUGCUGCUCUUGGUAUGGUCAUUGGAUUUUGGGCACCAAUUAUGGAUCGAUUUAGUAUUAAUUUCUUAUAUCAUCAAACAAUUGAUUUUUUCAUGUAUAAUUUUAAUAGUUGGUCAUUUAUGGGUAUAUUGUUUGUCGCUUUCCAUUGUUUAAUAUUUGCAUCAAAUUCAUUUGUAGUAUGGGAAGAUAAAAUGAUUUCAUUUUUUUUAUUAACUUUUGGUUUCAGUUGUAUUUAUGGAUGUUCAGUCAAUUCAAAAUUAAAUAAAAGUCAAAAAAUAUUAGGAAUUUCUCAUGCUGUUACAUUUACAAUAUUAACGAGAAUUGUUUCAAUGAUUAAUUUAUGUCGUGAAGAACAAAGAUCAUAUUGUGAACCAACAUUUUCAACUCAUUGGUGGACAAUUGUACUAUUGGUCUUGAUAUCAUUUUUAUUACCUUCUACAAUAACAUCAUUUUAUAAGUUAUCAGAUUCUUAUCAUUCAGCAGCUCCAUUAUGGAUAGGUACAGGUUUAAAAUUUAUAUUAUUUAUGAAUUCAAUAUAUUGGGUAUUUGAAUAUAUUCAAAACAAUGAAUAUUUCAAUAAAUAUAAUAUAGUUGGAUCUAAUUUAAUUAAGUCAUUGAAAUUGGCAAUUGCAAGAUUAGUUUUAUUUAUUACUUUAAUUUUGGCUAAUUUUAGUUGGUCAAGAGGUCCAUUAUGUGUUAAAUUAGAUUUAAAAGAUGAUUUAGAUAUUGAACGCAUUAAUGAUUCAGAAGAAGAAGAAGAAAAACCAAAUGGUAAAACUGCAACUAUAUUAGGAUAUGGUAAUGUUUAUGGUAGUUCAUAUUUUUUAUUAGUUUUAAAUUUCACUGGUGCUGUAAUGUUAACUAAUAAACCAAUAGGUGCAAUCUCAUUAAGUAUAUUAAUUGUACAAAUAUUAUCCCUUUUGGAAAUUUUUGAUUUAUUACAAAUUAGAAAGAAUUUAAUAUCACCUAUUAUUUUCAGUUUAUUAAGUUUUCAACAUUUUUUCAGCACUGGACAUCAAGCUACUAUACCAUCAAUACAAUGGGAAAUUGGAUUCAUGACUACUGAAAAUAUCGUAUUUCCAUUCACUCAUUUAAAUAUAAUUUUAAACACUUUUGGAUCAUUUUUUAUUAUUGCAUUAUCAAUACCAUUAAUUACAUUAUGGAAAAUAAUUCCUUCAUCAAAACCAAUUACAUUAUUAUCUCAAAUUAUUACAAAUGUUACUACUUUAAUUACAUAUCAUUUAUUUACAGGAUUAAGUAGUUUAAUAUUUGCUGCUCAUUUUAGAAGACAUUUAAUGGUUUGGAAAAUAUUUGCACCUAGAUUUAUGUUAAGCGGGUUAUUAAUUAUAGUGUUGAAUAUUUUCUUAAUCAUUUUUACACUUUGGUUUGGUACAGGUAGAAUUAUAAAUCAAGUUAAUAGAAUUUUUGGUAAAUAA